AUUGAGUAUUGAUCGCACUUUUUUCCAAUUUUGUUUCUUCAUUUUCUUUGAUCGAUACCAUCGGAAUGCUGUUCCCCGGACUUCUGUGACUGCCGGCGACGAUAAUCCGAUUCUCGGUUCGCUUCCUCAGUUUCCGCCUUCCCAGCAUUAGCAUUGGAAGGAAAUCGAGGAUAGGUAGAGAUAUUGCUGCAGGGAGAAGAGAUGGGAAGGCUAUUUCUGAUUACUCUGGAAGGAAACGUUUAUAGUUGCAAACACUGUAAAAUUCACCUUGCCCUUUCGAAAGACAUAAUUUCAAAGACUUUUCACUGCAGGCAUGGAAGGGCAUAUUUGUUUGAUAACGUUGUUAAUGUCACGAUUGGAGAACAAGAAGAGCGGAUGAUGAUCACAGGAUUGCACACUGUUGUUGACAUAUUUUGUGUUGGUUGUGGCUCAAUUCUUGGCUGGAAAUAUGACUUUGCCUAUGACAAAUCCCAGAAGUACAAGGAAGGGAAAUUUAUCCUUGAAAUGUUCAAGGUGUUGAGUCCUGAUGGAAGCGGUUACAUAGCAAGUCAUGAUCUGCAGCUUGCAGGGAGCGAUGGCGACGAUGCUUGAUCCGAUGUCAAGUUUUGAAGUAAAUAAAACCAUUUUCAUCUGUACAUUCUUCUCAACCACUUUCUUGUUUCAUCUUUUUGCAAUUUAGCUCUUUCUAAAGCUUUGGUACACUGCCCCUGCAGUUUUAGCUGGUAGCACAAGAACAGUCCCAUUCUUCAAAUUUUUAUUUUCCAGUCAUUUUGACUUCAGUUGAAAUUAACAUAAUCAAAUUUUAUGACGUUGGAUGAACAAUAGAAUGCCCCCUUCUAAUUCAAUUUUACAGAUU